AGUAAGAGAGAGAGAGAGACCAGAGAAGAUGAUGAGUAGCUUCACGAUUCCAUCUUCUUCCUCCUUCUCUCUUUCAAAUCCCUACACCCAACCCUCUCGUCAUCAUCACUUCAUCCUCCGCAAUUCCAAUUUUGAGUUUCGCCGGUUACGAUUAGGUUUAGAGCCGCCGCGAAGAAGACGAACUUGUUUACAAUGCAAUUGCUCCAACAAAAGCACCAAUGUCUUUGUUUUGUGGGUAGGUGAGAAUGAGAACAAGAGUGUGUUAGAUGCUUUCUUUUUGGGGAAAGCUUUAGCUGAAGUUAUUAAUGAGAGGAUUGAGUCUACUGUUGGAGAAGUUUUGGGUACUAUUGGAAGGUUUCAAGCUGAGCAACAGAAGCAAGUUCAAGAGAUUCAGGAAGAGGUUCUUGAAAGAGCCAAGAAAGCUAAGGAAAGAGCCGCUCGAGAAACUAUAAAGGAGCAAGGACUGGUUGCUUCCAGAGCAACAACGACAACUAUUAACCGAAAUCCGUCUGUUGGCGUUGUGACCUCUGUAACUCCUACAUCAACCAUUGAGAGUAACAUUAUAACGGGUGGUGUAGAGGAAAGCUCGAGUUCUAGUGAUGAAGACAGUGUCUAAGGUAAAGAUUUGGUAAUAGCACCAAAGACUUGUCUAAAUCAGUUGAGAACAUAUUCGUUGAUACAUGUACUUGAUAAAAACGAUGUAAACAAUGAAAGCGAAGAUAAAUAAAAGGUCAAUAGAAAUGGGAAA